CCAGUACCGUACUUUCCUUCGGAUUUUCGUUUUAUAUAUACAGUACCGGUAACAUCUAACUUUCCCAACUGGAAAAAUAGAACAGAAGAAAGCGAGUGUGGCAUUUUCAUGUUAGGAUAGAUUGUUAAGUAGAGAAACGGCACGAUGACUAACACAAAAGGAUAUCGCCGCGGAACGCGGUAUAUGUUCUCAAAACAAUUUCGUCAAAGAGGUAGAAUGCCACUGACGAAAUUUCUUACUGUUUAUAAAAAAGGAGAUAUUGUCGACAUUAAAGGUGAUGGUGCCGUACAGAAGGGUAUGCCACACAAAGUUUACCAUGGUAAAACCGGUCGCAUAUUCAAUGUAACUCAACAUGCUGUUGGCAUAAUUGUGAACAAACAAGUCAAGGGCAGAAUUAUUGCAAAAAGGAUUAAUGUUCGAAUUGAGCAUAUCAAACAUUCGAAAUCCAGGAUAUCUUUUGUCCAAAGAGUGAAAGAAAACGAGAAAAAAAGAAAAGAAGCUAAAGCUACUGGCCAAAAGAUUAAUUUGAAAAGACAGCCUGCACAACCCAGACCAGGGCAUUUCGUAAGGUCAAACGGAAUAGAUCCAGAACUGGUGUCACCUGUUCCUUAUGAAUUUGUUGCCUGAAAUUGGUCGAUGAAAUAAAUUAUCAAGGAAUAAAUUUCAGUGUCCUUG